ACCAUGAUGCAAUAAUGCUCUUAACACAGUGGUUUUUCCGUCGUCUUAAUUUUUUGUCUGGGUGCGGACGUGAUGGUUUUUAUCAUUGACGGACACACAUGCCCAGUCAGUUGAUUAAUUAAGCGAGGAAACACCCAAACUUCUUUCAGACAUCACAAUUCAGUAGUCAUCUGGUCCCAAGGUACGAUCUCUGGUUCUGUCAGGGGUUUCGCUGACUCCGAUGUGGGUGGAUGCGGGUUGGUUAUCAGAGGAAAAAACAAAUCGGAUCAGGUGCUGCCAAUGGGAGAGACCUGCCCAUUCUUGAAUGGCUUUCACGUUCUUAGACUGUGAAUGGAAGGACUUAGUUUCAGUUCUCCUCUUGUAUAAUACCCACGAUAAACUUUGUGCAGGUACCUUCAUUAAUAAGAUAGGAAGUCAAAGCAACAGAUCUUUAUUGCACAAUUUCAAUUAUUCCUAAAGUGGUAAAAAGGAAAUUGGAAUACCAGAACUAAAAAACUUCAAAAAGCAUUUUUGAAAAAAAGUUUUUUAGACUUUGAUUAUUCUUACGUUUAUCACAAUCAUUAGCCUUCGAUAUAAAUGUAAUCAAGGUGAACAAACAUUUGUUUUUGCCCGAUAAAAAUGUCACAUAGUAUACACUCUUGUUUCUCUCGGUUUCCCCUCUCUGAUGUUUAAGGUACUACAGAUCUUCUAUUCAGUGUACACAAACUUAUCACAACACAAAAGAAAUCUGGUACAAUAAUUCCCUGUUGUGUAGAACGAUGAUCACAGAAAUGAGCUGUAUCCUGAUGUCCAUUGUUUGAGUUGUGUGUACUUAAAGUUUAUAAAAAUAAACACGCCUCUGUCUAAAAUCGUUUGCUUUUAGGAACAAAGAUCGAAAUAUCACAUUGGCAUCAUAUUUACCCGUCCGUCUUGGAAUUUUAAAUUAACAGCAAAUCGACUUUGUUUCUUUUUACAAUCGAAUUUUAAAGAAAAAAUACAUUAUUGGUAUCUACUCUCUGGUAAGAUGCAUUUCAUUUUGCCAUUAAUGGAACCGGAUACUCAGGCGAAUUCCAUUAUUUGUUUUACGGUAAAUUUAGAGUUAUUGAAAAAAGAUGAUUAAUUAUGAAAAAGGUGGAUGUUCAAAUUCAAACAAAUAAGACAAAUAGUUGAGAAAUAUGACACGCAUGAAGAUGCGGGUACCUGCCUGAUGUUGACACGGAACCAAGGUGAUGCCUGUGACGUAACUGCUUCGAUCCCUGCCUAUCCCUGGACUGUAGCUCAGAAUUCGGAUAUCUUGACUAUCAGCUCUAUUUCGAAACAAUUAGAAUUUAAAGAGCAGAUUGUAACAUUACAAAUGACAUUCUUUUAAAUAUAAACAAACAAACAAACAAAAAGGUAUUGCCAGAAAACGUGGAAUCAAGAUAAUAAAUGAAUACGAUUUUCCGUCGCGCAUUUCGUUAACAUCAGACCAUGUGAGAAUGUCUUGGACUUUAAACAAGUGGUGAGAGAGCUUAGUCAAAGCUCUAGUGAAUUAGUUUUCGGAUUUCGAUUUGAUAAAAAAAGAAAUGAGGAUAUACUUGGAGAUAUUUAUACUGGACACAAUGAAAAUAAAGUGAUGAACAAAACAGUUUUAAGAAAGACAGUCAACCUGGUGGUAUUAGUACUCCUGCUUCUUCCUCAGCUAGUAUACCCCUCGUCCACUGAUCUUUCAUCAACAGAGUCACAAACCUUGACAUCAACUCAUCCUGGUGCCACAGAUCAAGGAUCAACACAGACUCCCGAGCCAGCCAACGCGGGGCAAAUAUUAAACAAUGUCACAUCCGACGUUAUUUCCUCAACCGAAAGUGUUCAACAAUCAUCCGAAGUCACUUCGGAUUCAAGUACAAUCGUUUCAGAUAGUACAUUAUCUUAUAAAACAGAGACCUCUAGCAAAAGUUAUGUGGAAAGUUCAACAAGUUUUUCAGAAGUUAGUUCAUCAAUUGGGAUGGAAUCAACUUCCAGUUCAUCUCAAAUGACGGAUGAAACAUCGGCAAUAUCAACUGUUAAUACCUUAGAGCACUCGAUACCGGUGACAGAACCUGCUCAAAUAACAUCAACAGAGGAAUCUACAAUUGCUCAAGAUAAAACAUUCCAAGCAAGUACACAAGUUUUAUCGUCAACACAAAUUUUAACAACACUAUCGGAAGUUGAUACUUCUGAAACAUUUAUUUCGCAAACAACAUCCAAUGAAAACUCGGAAACAACGAGUCAAAGUACAGGUACUGGUACAGAAAGUACUUCAACUCCUCCUGAAACAUCAUCACUGGCAGGCUUGUCGACAGAGACCACCACAAAAGCCACUACUUCUACGAAAUCUAUUUCAAGCUCUACCAUUUCGGAAGAAUCCACUACCACACAAUCAGGUACACAGACGGACACAACAACCCUGGAAACAAGUUUAACAUCUACUAGUCAAUCAAGUGAACAAAGUACUACUUCAGCUAGCUUAUCAACAGAACAAAAAAGCAGCAGCGAUGGGUCAGCGUCUGAAACUUCCUCUGAUCAGCCCUCAAAAUCAUCGUCAAGUAGCACAGACAGUACCGUUGCGUACACUACUACUAACAUUGAUGAAACCACGGAAGCUUUGAUUGAAGAUACAUCCUCGCAGUUAGCAACACAGUUUGAAACUUCUUCCGUUACAAGCUCAACGGAAACCACUGGCGAAACUUCGUCGACCAUACAACAAAGUACACAAUUGCCAACAUCGCAGGAAACAACAACAUUGACUUCUACACUCACAAGUCAGGAGAGUACAAGUGUGGCCACAUCGGUCUCUACAGAAGGAACCUCUACUGAAACCUCUGCAAGUGCUGGUACAGAAAGUUAUUCAACUGCUCCUGAAACAUCAUCACUGGCAAGCGCGUCGACAGAGACCACCACAGAAGCCACUAGUUCUACGCAAUCUAUUUCAAGCUCUACCAUUUCGAAAGAAUCCACUACAACACAAUCAGGUGCACAGACGGACACAACAACCCUGGAAACAAGUUUCACAUCUACUAGCCCAGAAAGUGAAGACAGUACUACUUCAGCUAGCUUAUCAACUGAACAAAGUACCACCAGCCAGGUGUCAGUGUCUGAAACUUCCUCUGAGCAGCCCUCAACAACAUCUUCCAGUAGCGCAGAAAGAACAGCUGCGUACACCACUACCACCAGCGAGACAAGCACUGAAUCUAUGACUACAGAAACAACAACGCCGUCAGCAACACAGCCUGAAACUUCUUCCGUUACAAGCUCAACGGAAACCACUGGCGAAACUUCGUCGACCACACAACAAAGUACACAAUUGCCAACAUCGCAGGAAACAACAACAUUGACUUCUACACUCACAAGUCAGGAGAGUACAAGUGUGGCCACAUCGGUCUCUACAGAAGGAACCUCUACUGAAACCUCUGCAAGUGCUGGUACAGAAAGUUAUUCAACUGCUCCUGAAACAUCAUCACUGGCAGGCUCGUUGACAGAGACCACCACAGAAGCCACUAGUUCUACGCAAUCUAAUUCAAGCUCUACCAUUUCGGAAGAAUCCACUACCACACAAUCAGGUGCACAGACGGACACAACAACCCUGGAAACAAGUUUCACAUCUACUAGCCCAGCAAGUGAACAAAGUACUACUUCAACUAACUUAUCAACUGAACAAAGUACCACCAGCCAGUUGUCAGUGUCUAAAACUUCCUCUGAGCAGCCUUCAACAACAUCUUCCAGUAGCGCAGAAAGUACAGCUGCAUACACCACUACCACCAGCGAGACAAGCACUGAAUCUUUGACUGCAGAAACAACAACGCUGUCAGCAACACAACCUGAAACUUCUUCCGUUACAAGCUCAACGGAAACCACUGGCGAAACUUCGUCGACCACACAACAAAGUACACAAUUGCCAACAUCGCAGGAAACAACAACAUUGACUUCUACACUCACAAGUCAGGAGAGUACAAGUGUGGCCACAUCGGUCUCUACAGAAGGAACCUCUACUGAAACCUCUGCAAGUGCUGGUACAGAAAGUUAUUCAACUGCUCCUGAAACAUCAUCACUGGCAGGCUCGUCGACAGAGACCACCACAGAAGCCACUACUUCUACGCAAUCUAUUUCAAGCUCUACCAUUUCGGAAGAAUCCACUACCACACAAUCAGGUGCACAGACGGACACAACAACCCUGGAAACAAGUUUCACAUCUACUAGCCCAGCAAGUGAACAAAGAACUACUUCAACUAGCUUAUCACCUGAACAAAGUACCACCAGCCAGGUGUCAGUGUCUGAAACUUCCUCUGAGCAGCCCUCAACAACAUCUUCCAGUAGCGCAGAAAGUACAGCUGCAUACACCACUACCAGCAGCGAGACAAGCACUGAAUCUUUGACUGCAGAAACAACAACGCCGUCAGCAACACAACCUGAAACUUCUUCCGUUACAAGCUCAACGGAAACCACUGGCGAAACUUCGUCGACCACACAACAAAGUACACAAUUGCCAACACCGCAGGAAACAACAACAUUGACUUCUACACUCACAAGUCAGGAGAGUACAAGUGUGGCCACAUCGGUCUCUACAGAAGGAACCUCUACUGAAACCUCUGCGAGUGCUAGUACAGAAAGUACUUCAACUGCUCCUGAAACAUCAUCACUGGCAGGCUCAUCGACAGAAACCACCACAGAAGCCACUACUUCUACGCAAUCUAUUUCAAGCUCUACCAUUUCGGAAGAAUCCACUACCACACAAUCAGGUGCACAGACGGACACAACAACCCUGGAAACAAGUUUUACAUCUACUAGCCCAGCAAGUGAACAAAGUAAUACUUCAACUAGCUUAUCAACUGAACAAAGUACCACCAGCCAGGUGUCAGUGUCUGAAACUUCCUCUGAGCAGCCCUCAACAACAUAUUCCAGUAGCACAGAAAGUACAGCUGUAUACACAACUACCACUAGCGAGACAAGCACUGAAUCUUUGACUGCAGAAACAACAACGCUGUCAGCAACACAACCUGAAACUUCUUCCGUUACAAGCUCAACGGAAACCACUGGCGAAACUUCGUCGACCACACAACAAAGUACACAAUUGCCAACAUCGCAGGAAACAACAACAUUGACUUCUACACUCACAAGUCAGGAGAGUACAAGUGUGGCCACAUCGGUCUCUACAGAAGGAACCUCUACUGAAACCUCUGCAAGUGCUGGUACAGAAAGUACUUCAACUGCUCCUGAAACAUCAUCACUGGCAGGCUCGUCGACAGAGACUACCACAGAAGCCACUACUUCUACGAAAUCUAUUUCAAGCUCUACCAUUUCGGAAGAAUCCACUACCACACAAUCAGGUGCACAGACGGACACAACAACCCUGGAAACAAGUUUCACAUCUACUAGCCCAGCAAGUGAACAAAGUACUACUUCAACUAGCUUAUCAACUGAACAAAGUACCACCAGCCAGGUGUCAGUGUCUGAAACUUCCUCUGAGCAGCCCUCAACAACAUCUUCCAGUAGCGCAGAAAGUACAGCUGCGUACACCUCUACCACGAGCGAGACAAGCACUGAAUCUUUGACUGCAAAAACAACAACGCUGUCAGCAACACAACCUGAAACUUCUUCCGUUACAAGCUCAACGGAAACCACUGGCGAAACUUCGUCGACCACACAACAAAGUACACAAUUGCCAACAUCGCAGGAAACAACAACAUUGACUUCUACACUCACAAGUCAAGAGAGUACAAGUGUGGCCACAUCGGUCUCUACAGAAGGAACCUCUACUGAAACCUCUUCAAGUGCUGGUACAGAAAGUACUUCAACUGCUCCUGAAACAUCAUCACUGGCAGGCUCGUCGACAGAGACCACCACAGAAGCCACUACUUCUACGCAAUCUAUUUCAAGCUCUACCAUUUCGGAAGAAUCCACUACCACACAAUCAGGUGCACAGACGGACACAACAACCCUCGAAACAAGUUUCGCAUCUACUAGCCCAGCAAGUGAACAAAGUACUACUUCAACUAGCUUAUCAACUGAACAAAGUACCACCAGCCAGGUGUCAGUGUCUGAAACUUCCUCUGAGCAGCCCUCAACAACAUCUUCCAGUAGCGCAGAAAGUACAGCUGCGUACACCACUACCACCAGCGAGACAAGCACUGAAUCUUUGACUGCAGAAACAACAACGCCGUCAACGGACACAACAACCCUGGAAACAAGUUUCACAUCUACUAGCCCAGCAAGUGAACAAAGUACUACUUCAACUAGCUUAUCAACUGAACAAAGUACCACCAGCCAGGUGUCAGUGUCUGAAACUUCCUCUGAGCAGCCCUCAACAACAUCUUUCAGUAGCGCAGAAAGUACAGCUGCGUACACCACUACCACCAGCGAGACAACCACUGAAUCUUUCACUGCAGAAACAACAACGCCGUCAGCAACACAACCUGAAAUUUCUUCUGUUACAAGCUCAUCGGAAACCACUGGCGAAACUUCGUCGACCACACAACAAAGUACACAAUUGCCAACAUCGCAGGAAACAACAACAUUGACUUCUACACUCACAAGUCAGGAGAGUACAAGUGUGGCCACAUCGGUCUCUACAGAAGGAACCUCUACUGAAACCUCUGCAAGUGCUGGUACAGAAAGUACUUCAACUGCUCCUGAAACAUCAUCACUGGCAGGCUCGUCGACAGAGACCACCACAGAAGCCACUACUUCUACGCAAUCUAUUUCAAGUUCUACCAUUUCGGAAGAAUCCACUACCACACAAUCAGGUGCACAGACGGACACAAUAACCCUGGAAACAAGUUUCACAUCUACUAGCCCAGCAAGUCAACAAAGUACUACUUCAACUAGCUUAUCAACUGAACAAAGUACCACCAGCCAGGUGUCAGUGUCUGAAACUUCCUCUGAGCAGCCCUCAACAACAUCUUCCAGUAGCGCAGAAAGUACAGCUGCGUACACAACUACCACCAGCGAGACAAGCACUGAAUCUUUGACUGCAGAAACAACAACGCCGUCAGCAACACAGCCUGAAACUUCUGCUGUUACAAGCUCAAUGGAAACCACUGGCGAAACUUCGUCGACCACACAACAAAGUACACAAUUGCCAACAUCGCAGGAAACAACAACAUUGACUUCUACACUCACAAGUCAAGAGAGUACAAGUGUGGCCACAUCGGUCUCUACAGAAGGAACAUCUACUGAAACCUCUGCAAGUGCUGGUACAGAAAGUACUUCAACUGCUCCUGAAACAUCAUCACUGGCAGGCUCGUCGACAGAGACCACCACAGAAGCCACUACUUCUACGCAAUCCAUUUUAAGCUCUACCAUUUCGGAAGAAUCCACUACCACACAAUCAGGUGCACAGACGGACACAACAACCCUGGAAACAAGUUUCACAUCUACUAGCCCAGCAAGUGAACAAAGUACUACUUCAACUAGCUUAUUAACUGAACAAAGUACCACCAGCCAGGUGUCAGUGUCUGAAACUUCCUCUGAGCAGCCCUCAACAACAUCUUCCAGUAGCGCAGAAAGUACAGCUGCGUACACCACUACCACCAGCGAGACAAGCACUGAAUCUUUGACUGCAGAAACAACAACGCCGUCGGCAACACAACCUGAAAUUUCUUCCGUUACAAGCUCAACGGAAACCACUGGCGAAACUUCGUCGACCACACAACAAAGUACACAAUUGCCAACAUCGCAGGAAACAACAACAUUGACUUCUACACUCACAAGUCAAGAGAGUACAAGUGUGGCCACAUCGGUCUCUACAGAAGGAACCUCUACUGAAACCUCUGCAAGUGCUGGUACAGAAAGUACUUCAACUGCUCCUGAAACAUCAUCACUGGCAGGCUCGUCGACAGAGACCACCACAGAAGCCACUACUUCUACGCAAUCUAUUUCAAGCUCUACCAUUUCGGAAGAAUCCACUACCCCACAAUCAGGUGCACAGACGGACACAACAACCCUGGAAACAAGUUUCACAUCUACUAGCCCAGCAAGUGAACAAAGUACUACUUCAACUAGCUUAUCAACUGAACAAAGUACCACCAGCCAGGUGUCAGUGUCUGAAACUUCCUCUGAGCAGCCCUCAACAACAUCUUCCAGUAGCGCAGAAAGUACAGCUGCGUACACCACUACCACCAGCGAGACAACCACUGAAUCUUUCACUGCAGAAACAACAACGCCGUCAGCAACACAACCUGAAAUUUCUUCCGUUACAAGCUCAUCGGAAACCACUGGCGAAACUUCGUCGACCACACAACAAAGUACACAAUUGCCAACAUCGCAGGAAACAACAACAUUGACUUCUACACUCACAAGUCAGGAGAGUACAAGUGUGGCCACAUCGGUCUCUACAGAAGGAACCUCUACUGAAACCUCUGCAAGUGCUGGUACAGAAAGUACUUCAACUGCUCCUGAAACAUCAUCACUGGCAGGCUCGUCGACAGAGACCACCACAGAAGCCACUACUUCUACGCAAUCUAUUUCAAGUUCUACCAUUUCGGAAGAAUCCACUACCACACAAUCAGGUGCACAGACGGACACAAUAACCCUGGAAACAAGUUUCACAUCUACUAGCCCAGCAAGUCAACAAAGUACUACUUCAACUAGCUUAUCAACUGAACAAAGUACCACCAGCCAGGUGUCAGUGUCUGAAACUUCCUCUGAGCAGCCCUCAACAACAUCUUCCAGUAGCGCAGAAAGUACAGCUGCGUACACAACUACCACCAGCGAGACAAGCACUGAAUCUUUGACUGCAGAAACAACAACGCCGUCAGCAACACAGCCUGAAACUUCUGCUGUUACAAGCUCAAUGGAAACCACUGGCGAAACUUCGUCGACCACACAACAAAGUACACAAUUGCCAACAUCGCAGGAAACAACAACAUUGACUUCUACACUCACAAGUCAAGAGAGUACAAGUGUGGCCACAUCGGUCUCUACAGAAGGAACAUCUACUGAAACCUCUGCAAGUGCUGGUACAGAAAGUACUUCAACUGCUCCUGAAACAUCAUCACUGGCAGGCUCGUCGACAGAGACCACCACAGAAGCCACUACUUCUACGCAAUCCAUUUUAAGCUCUACCAUUUCGGAAGAAUCCACUACCACACAAUCAGGUGCACAGACGGACACAACAACCCUGGAAACAAGUUUCACAUCUACUAGCCCAGCAAGUGAACAAAGUACUACUUCAACUAGCUUAUUAACUGAACAAAGUACCACCAGCCAGGUGUCAGUGUCUGAAACUUCCUCUGAGCAGCCCUCAACAACAUCUUCCAGUAGCGCAGAAAGUACAGCUGCGUACACCACUACCACCAGCGAGACAAGCACUGAAUCUUUGACUGCAGAAACAACAACGCCGUCGGCAACACAACCUGAAAUUUCUUCCGUUACAAGCUCAACGGAAACCACUGGCGAAACUUCGUCGACCACACAACAAAGUACACAAUUGCCAACAUCGCAGGAAACAACAACAUUGACUUCUACACUCACAAGUCAAGAGAGUACAAGUGUGGCCACAUCGGUCUCUACAGAAGGAACCUCUACUGAAACCUCUGCAAGUGCUGGUACAGAAAGUACUUCAACUGCUCCUGAAACAUCAUCACUGGCAGGCUCGUCGACAGAGACCACCACAGAAGCCACUACUUCUACGCAAUCUAUUUCAAGCUCUACCAUUUCGGAAGAAUCCACUACCCCACAAUCAGGUGCACAGACGGACACAACAACCCUGGAAACAAGUUUCACAUCUACUAGCCCAGCAAGUGAACAAAGUACUACUUCAACUAGCUUAUCAACUGAACAAAGUACCACCAGCCAGGUGUCAGUGUCUGAAACUUCCUCUGAGCAGCCCUCAACAACAUCUUCCAGUAGCGCAGAAAGUACAGCUGCGUACACCACUACCACCAGCGAGACAAGCACUGAAUCUUUGACUGCAGAAACAACAACGCCGUCAGCAACACAACCUGAAACUUCUUCCGUUACAAGCUCAACGGAAACCACUGGCGAAACUUCGUCGACCACACAACAAAGUACACAAUUGCCAACAUCGCAGGAAACAACAACAUUGACUUCUACACUCACAAGUCAAGAGAGUACAAGUGUGGCCACAUCGGUCUCUACAGAAGGAACCUCUACUGAAACCUCUGCAAGUGCUGGUACAGAAAGUACUUCAACUGCUCCUGAAACAUCAUCACUGGCAGGCUCGUCGACAGAGACCACCACAGAAGCCACUACUUCUACGCAAUCUAUUUCAAGCUCUACCAUUUCGGAAGAAUCCACUACCCCACAAUCAGGUGCACAGACGGACACAACAACCCUGGAAACAAGUUUCACAUCUACUAGCCCAGCAAGUGAACAAAGUACUACUUCAACUAGCUUAUCAACUGAACAAAGUACCACCAGCCAGGUGUCAGUGUCUGAAACUUCCUCUGAGCAGCCCUCAACAACAUCUUCCAGUAGCGCAGAAAGUACAGCUGCGUACACCACUACCACCAGCGAGACAACCACUGAAUCUUUCACUGCAGAAACAACAACGCCGUCAGCAACACAACCUGAAAUUUCUUCCGUUACAAGCUCAUCGGAAACCACUGGCGAAACUUCGUCGACCACACAACAAAGUACACAAUUGCCAACAUCGCAGGAAACAACAACAUUGACUUCUACACUCACAAGUCAGGAGAGUACAAGUGUGGCCACAUCGGUCUCUACAGAAGGAACCUCUACUGAAACCUCUGCAAGUGCUGGUACAGAAAGUACUUCAACUGCUCCUGAAACAUCAUCACUGGCAGGCUCGUCGACAGAGACCACCACAGAAGCCACUACUUCUACGCAAUCUAUUUCAAGUUCUACCAUUUCGGAAGAAUCCACUACCACACAAUCAGGUGCACAGACGGACACAAUAACCCUGGAAACAAGUUUCACAUCUACUAGCCCAGCAAGUCAACAAAGUACUACUUCAACUAGCUUAUCAACUGAACAAAGUACCACCAGCCAGGUGUCAGUGUCUGAAACUUCCUCUGAGCAGCCCUCAACAACAUCUUCCAGUAGCGCAGAAAGUACAGCUGCGUACACAACUACCACCAGCGAGACAAGCACUGAAUCUUUGACUGCAGAAACAACAACGCCGUCAGCAACACAGCCUGAAACUUCUGCUGUUACAAGCUCAAUGGAAACCACUGGCGAAACUUCGUCGACCACACAACAAAGUACACAAUUGCCAACAUCGCAGGAAACAACAACAUUGACUUCUACACUCACAAGUCAAGAGAGUACAAGUGUGGCCACAUCGGUCUCUACAGAAGGAACAUCUACUGAAACCUCUGCAAGUGCUGGUACAGAAAGUACUUCAACUGCUCCUGAAACAUCAUCACUGGCAGGCUCGUCGACAGAGACCACCACAGAAGCCACUACUUCUACGCAAUCCAUUUUAAGCUCUACCAUUUCGGAAGAAUCCACUACCACACAAUCAGGUGCACAGACGGACACAACAACCCUGGAAACAAGUUUCACAUCUACUAGCCCAGCAAGUGAACAAAGUACUACUUCAACUAGCUUAUUAACUGAACAAAGUACCACCAGCCAGGUGUCAGUGUCUGAAACUUCCUCUGAGCAGCCCUCAACAACAUCUUCCAGUAGCGCAGAAAGUACAGCUGCGUACACCACUACCACCAGCGAGACAAGCACUGAAUCUUUGACUGCAGAAACAACAACGCCGUCGGCAACACAACCUGAAAUUUCUUCCGUUACAAGCUCAACGGAAACCACUGGCGAAACUUCGUCGACCACACAACAAAGUACACAAUUGCCAACAUCGCAGGAAACAACAACAUUGACUUCUACACUCACAAGUCAAGAGAGUACAAGUGUGGCCACAUCGGUCUCUACAGAAGGAACCUCUACUGAAACCUCUGCAAGUGCUGGUACAGAAAGUACUUCAACUGCUCCUGAAACAUCAUCACUGGCAGGCUCGUCGACAGAGACCACCACAGAAGCCACUACUUCUACGCAAUCUAUUUCAAGCUCUACCAUUUCGGAAGAAUCCACUACCCCACAAUCAGGUGCACAGACGGACACAACAACCCUGGAAACAAGUUUCACAUCUACUAGCCCAGCAAGUGAACAAAGUACUACUUCAACUAGCUUAUCAACUGAACAAAGUACCACCAGCCAGGUGUCAGUGUCUGAAACUUCCUCUGAGCAGCCCUCAACAACAUCUUCCAGUAGCGCAGAAAGUACAGCUGCGUACACCACUACCACCAGCGAGACAAGCACUGAAUCUUUGACUGCAGAAACAACAACGCCGUCAGCAACACAACCUGAAACUUCUUCCGUUACAAGCUCAACGGAAACCACUGGCGAAACUUCGUCGACCACACAACAAAGUACACAAUUGCCAACAUCGCAGGAAACAACAACAUUGACUUCUACACUCACAAGUCAAGAGAGUACAAGUGUGGCCACAUCGGUCUCUACAGAAGGAACCUCUACUGAAACCUCUGCAAGUGCUGGUACAGAAAGUACUUCAACUGCCCCUGAAACAUCAUCACUGGCAGGCUCGUCGACAGAGACCACCACAGAAGCCACUACUUCUACGCAAUCUAUUUCAAGCUCUACCAUUUCGGAAGAAUCCGUUACCACACAAUCAGGUGCACAGACGGACACAUCAACCCUAGAAACAAGUUUCACAUCUUCUAGCCCAGCAAGUGAACAAAGUACUACUUCAACUAGCUUAUCAACUGAACAAAGUACCACCAGCCAGAAACAACAACGCCGUCAGCAACACAACCUGAAAUUUCUUCCGUUACAAGCUCAACGGAAACCACUGGCGAAACUUCGUCGACCACACAACAAAAGUACAAGUGUGGCCACAUCGGUCUCUACAGAAGGAACCUCUACUGAAACCUCUGCAAGUGCUGGUACAGAAAGUACUUCAACUGCUCCUGAAACAUCAUCACUGGCAGGCUCGUCGACAGAGACCACCACAGAAGCCACUACUUCUACGCAAUCUAUUUCAAGCUCUACCAUUUCGGAAGAAUCCACUACCACACAAUCAGGUGCACAGACGGACACAACAACCCUGGAAACAAGUUUCACAUCUACUAGCCCAGCAAGUGAACAAAGUACUACUUCAACUAGCUUAUCAACUGAACAAAGUACCACCAGCCAGGUGUCAGUGUCUGAAACUUCCUCUGAGCAGCCCUCAACAACAUCUUCCAGUAGCGCAGAAAGUACAGCUGCGUACACCACUACCACCAGCGAGACAAGCACUGAAUCUUUGACUGCAGAAACAACAACGCCGUCAGCAACACAACCUGAAACUUCUUCCGUUACAAGCUCAACGGAAACCACUGGCGAAACUUCGUCGACCACACAACAAAGUACACAAUUGCCAACAUCGCAGGAAACAACAACAUUGACUUCUACACUCACAAGUCAAGAGAGUACAAGUGUGGCCACAUCGGUCUCUACAGAAGGAACCUCUGCAGAAAGUACUUCAACUGCUCCUGAAACAUCAUCACUGGCAGGCUCGUCGACAGAGACCACCACAGAAGCCACUACUUCUACGCAAUCUAUUUCAAGCUCUACCAUUUCGGAAGAAUCCACUACCACACAAUCAGGUGCACAGACGGACACAACAACCCUGGAAACAAGUUUCACAUCUACUAGCUUAGCAAGUGAACAAAGUACUACUUCAACUAGCUUAUCAACUGAACAAAGUACCACCAGCCAGGUGUCAGUGUCUGAAACUUCCUCUGAGCAGCCCUCAACAACAUCUUCCAGUAGCGCAGAAAGUACAGCUGCGUACACCACUACCACCAGCGAGACAAGCACUGAAUCUUUGACUGCAGAAACAACAACGCCGUCAGCAACACAACCUGAAACUUCUUCCGUUACAAGCUCAACGGAAACCACUGGCGAAACUUCGUCGACCACACAACAAAGUACACAAUUGCCAACAUCGCAGGAAACAACAACAUUGACUUCUACACUAACAAGUCAAGAGAGUACAAGUGUGGCCACAUCGGUCUCUACAGAAGGAACCUCUACUGAAACCUCUGCAAGUGCUGGUACAGAAAGUACUUCAUCUGCUCCUGAAACAUCAUCACUGGCAGGCUCGUCGACAGAGACCACCACAGAAGCCACUACUUCUACGCAAUCUAUUUCAAGCUCUACCAUUUCGGAAGAAUCCACUACCACACAAUCAGGUGCACAGACGGACACAACAACCCUGGAAACAAGUUUCACAUCUACUAGCCCAGCAAGUGAACAAAGUACUACUUCAACUAGCUUAUCAACUGAACAAAGUACCACCAGCCAGGUGUCAGUGUCUGAAACUUCCUCUGAGCAGCCCUCAACAACAUCUUCCAGUAGCGCAGAAAGUACAGCUGCGUACACCACUACCACCAGCGAGACAAGCACUGAAUCUUUGACUGCAGAAACAACAACGCCGUCAGCAACACAACCUGAAACUUCUUCCGUUACAAGCUCAACGGAAACCACUGGCGAAACUUCGUCGACCACACAACAAAGUACACAAUUGCCAACAUCGCAGGAAACAACAACAUUGACUUCUACACUAACAAGUCAAGAGAGUACAAGUGUGGCCACAUCGGUCUCUACAGAAGGAACCUCUACUGAAACCUCUGCAAGUGCUGGUAAAGAAAGUACUUCAUCUGCUCCUGAAACAUCAUCACUGGCAGGCUCGUCGACAGAGACCACCACAGAAGCCACUACUUCUACGCAAUCUAUUUCAAGCUCUACCAUUUCGGAAGAAUCCACUGCCACACAAUCAGGUGCACAGACGGACACAACAACCCUGGAAACAAGUUUCACAUCUACUAGCUUAGCAAGUGAACAAAGUACUACUUCAACUAGCUUAUCAACUGAACAAAGUACCACCAGCCAGGUGUCAGUGUCUGAAACUUCCUCUGAGCAGCCCUCAACAACAUCUUCCAGUAGCGCAGAAAGUACAGCUGCGUACACCACUACCACCAGCGAGACAAGCACUGAAUCUUUGACUGCAGAAACAACAACGCCGUCAGCAACACAACCUGAAACUUCUUCCAUUACAAGCUCAACGGAAACCACUGGCGAAACUUCGUCGACCACACAACAAAGUACACAAUUGCCAACAUCGCAGGAAACAACAACAUUGACUUCUACACUCACAAGUCAAGAGAGUACAAGUGUGGCCACAUCGGUCUCUACAGAAGGAACCUCUACUGAAACCUCUGCAAGUGCUGGUACAGAAAGUACUUCAUCUGCUCCUGAAACAUCAUCACUGGCAGGCUCGUCGACAGAGACCACCACAGAAGCCACUACUUCUACGCAAUCUAUUUCAAGCUCUACCAUUUCGGAAGAAUCCACUACCACACAAUCAGGUGCACAGACGGACACAACAACCCUGGAAACAAGUUUCACAUCUACUAGCCCAGCAAGUGAACAAAGUACUACUUCAACUAGCUUAUCAACUGAACAAAGUACCACCAGCCAGGUGUCAGUGUCUGAAACUUCCUCUGAGCAGCCCUCAACAACAUCUUCCAGUAGCGCAGAAAGUACAGCUGCGUACACCACUACCACCAGCGAGACAAGCACUGAAUCUUUGACUGCAGAAACAACAACGCCGUCAGCAACACAACCUGAAACUUCUUCCGUUACAAGCUCAACGGAAACCACUGGCGAAACUUCGUCGACCACACAACAAAGUACACAAUUGCCAACAUCGCAGGAAACAACAACAUUGACUUCUACACUAACAAGUCAAGAGAGUACAAGUGUGGCCACAUCGGUCUCUACAGAAGGAACCUCUACUGAAACCUCUGCAAGUGCUGGUACAGAAAGUACUUCAUCUGCUCCUGAAACAUCAUCACUGGCAGGCUCGUCGACAGAGACCACCACAGAAGCCACUACUUCUACGCAAUCUAUUUCAAGCUCUACCAUUUCGGAAGAAUCCACUGCCACACAAUCAGGUGCACAGACGGACACAACAACCCUGGAAACAAGUUUCACAUCUACUAGCCCAGCAAGUGAACAAAGUACUACUUCAACUAGCUUAUCAACUGAACAAAGUACCACCAGCCAGGUGUCAGUGUCUGAAACUUCCUCUGAGCAGCCCUCAACAACAUCUUCCAGUAGCGCAGAAAGUACAGCUGCGUACACCACUACCACCAGCGAGACAAGCACUGAAUCUUUGACUGCAGAAACAACAACGCCGUCAGCAACACAACCUGAAACUUCUUCCGUUACAAGCUCAACGGAAACCACUGGCGAAACUUCGUCGACCACACAACAAAGUACACAAUUGCCAACAUCGCAGGAAACAACAACAUUGACUUCUACACUCACAAGUCAAGAGAGUACAAGUGUGGCCACAUCGGUCUCUACAGAAGGAACCUCUACUGAAACCUCUGCAAGUGCUGGUACAGAAAGUACUUCAACUGCUCCUGAAACAUCAUCACUGGCAGGCUCGUCGACAGAGACCACCACAGAAGCCACUACUUCUACGCAAUCUAUUUCAAGCUCUACCAUUUCGGAAGAAUCCACUACCACACAAUCAGGUGCACAGACGGACACAACAACCCUGGAAACAAGUUUCACAUCUACUAGCUUAGCAAGUGAACAAAGUACUACUUCAACUAGCUUAUCAACUGAACAAAGUACCACCAGCCAGGUGUCAGUGUCUGAAACUUCCUCUGAGCAGCCCUCAACAACAUCUUCCAGUAGCGCAGAAAGUACAGCUGCGUACACCACUACCACCAGCGAGACAAGCACUGAAUCUUUGACUGCAGAAACAACAACGCCGUCAGCAACACAACCUGAAACUUCUUCCGUUACAAGCUCAACGGAAACCACUGGCGAAACUUCGUCGACCACACAACAAAGUACACAAUUGCCAACAUCGCAGGAAACAACAACAUUGACUUCUACACUAACAAGUCAAGAGAGUACAAGUGUGGCCACAUCGGUCUCUACAGAAGGAACCUCUACUGAAACCUCUGCAAGUGCUGGUACAGAAAGUACUUCAUCUGCUCCUGAAACAUCAUCACUGGCAGGCUCGUCGACAGAGACCACCACAGAAGCCACUACUUCUAGGCAAUCUAUUUCAAGCUCUACCAUUUCGGAAGAAUCCACUACCACACAAUCAGGUGCACAGACGGACACAACAACCCUGGAAACAAGUUUCACAUCUUCUAGCCCAGCAAGUGAACAAAGUACUACUUCAACUAGCUUAUCAACUGAACAAAGUACCACCAGCCAGGUGUCAGUGUCUGAAACUUCCUCUGAGCAGCCCUCAACAACAUCUUCCAGUAGCGCAGAAAGUACAGCUGCGUACACCACUACCACCAGCGAGACAAGCACUGAAUCUUUGACUGCAGAAACAACAACGCCGUCAGCAACACAACCUGAAACUUCUUCCGUUACAAGCUCAACGGAAACCACUGGCGAAACUUCGUCGACCACACAACAAAGUACACAAUUGCCAACAUCGCAGGAAACAACAACAUUGACUUCUACACUAACAAGUCAAGAGAGUACAAGUGUGGCCACAUCGGUCUCUACAGAAGGAACCUCUACUGAAACCUCUGCAAGUGCUGGUACAGAAAGUACUUCAUCUGCUCCUGAAACAUCAUCACUGGCAGGCUCGUCGACAGAGACCACCACAGAAGCCACUACUUCUACGCAAUCUAUUUCAAGCUCUACCAUUUCGGAAGAAUCCACUACCACACAAUCAGGUGCACAGACGGACACAACAACCCUGGAAACAAGUUUCACAUCUACUAGCCCAGCAAGUGAACAAAGUACUACUUCGAUUAGCUUAUCAACUGAACAAAGUACCACCAGCCAGGUGUCAGUGUCUGAAACUUCCUCUGAGCAGCCCUCAACAACAUCUUCCAGUAGCGCAGAAAGUACAGCUGCGUACACCACUACCACCAGCGAGACAAACACUGAAUCUUUGACUGCAGAAACAACAACGCCGUCAGCAACACAACCUGAAACUUCUUCCGUUACAAGCUCAACGGAAACCACUGGCGAAACUUCGUCGACCACACAACAAAGUACACAAUUGCCAACAUCGCAGGAAACAACAACAUUGACUUCUACACUCACAAGUCAAGAGAGUACAAGUGUGGCCACAUCGGUCUCUACAGAAGGAACCUCUACUGAAACCUCUGCAAGUGCUGGUACAGAAAGUACUUCAACUGCUCCUGAAACAUCAUCACUGGCAGGCUCGUCGACAGAGACCACCACAGAAGCCACUACUUCUACGCAAUCUAUUUCAAGCUCUACCAUUUCGGAAGAAUCCACUACCACACAAUCAGGUGCACAGACGGACACAACAAUCCUGGAAACAAGUUUCACAUCUACUAGCCCAGCAAGUGAACAAAGUACUACUUCGAUUAGCUUAUCAACUGAACAAAGUACCACCAGCCAGGUGUCAGUGUCUGAAACUUCCUCUGAGCAGCCCUCAACAACAUCUUCCAGUAGCGCAGAAAGUACAGCUGCGUACACCACUACCACCAGCGAGACAAGCACUGAAUCUUUGACUGCAGAAACAACAACGCCGUCAGCAACACAACCUGAAACUUCUUCCGUUACAAGCUCAACGGAAACCACUGGCGAAACUUCGUCGACCACACAACAAAGUACACAAUUGCCAACAUCGCAGGAAACAACAACAUUGACUUCUACACUCACAAGUCAAGAGAGUACAAGUGUGGCCACAUCGGUCUCUACAGAAGGAACCUCUACUGAAACCUCUGCAAGUGCUGGUACAGAAAGUACUUCAACUGCUCCUGAAACAUCAUCACUGGCAGGCUCGUCGACAGAGACCACCACAGAAGCCACUACUUCUACGCAAUCUAUUUCAAGCUCUACCAUUUCGGAAGAAUCCGUUACCACACAAUCAGGUGCACAGACGGACACAACAACCCUGGAAACAAGUUUCACAUCUACUAGCCCAGCAAGUGAACAAAGUACUACUUCAACUAGCUUAUCAACUGAACAAAGUACCACCAGCCAGGUGUCAGUGUCUGAAACUUCCUCUGAGCAGCCCUCAACAACAUCUUUCAGUAGCGCAGAAAGUACAGCUGCGUACACCACUACCACUAGCGAGACAAGCACUGAAUCUUUGACUGCAGAAACAACAACGCCGUCAGCAACACAACCUGAAACUUCUUCCGUUACAAGCUCAACGGAAACCACUGGCGAAACUUCGUCGACCACACAACAAGAUACACAAUUGCCAACAUCGCAGGAAACAACAACAUUGACUUCUACACUCACAAGUCAGGAGAGUACAAGUGUGGCCACAUCGGUCUCUACAGAAGGAACCUCUACUGAAACCUCUGCAAGUGCUGGUACAGAAAGUACUUCAACUGCUCCUGAAACAUCAUCACUGGCAGGCUCGUCGACAGAGUCCACCACAGAAGCCACUUCUUCUACGCAAUCCAUUUUAAGCUCUACCAUUUCGGAAGAAUCCACUACCACACAAUCAGGUGCACAGACGGACACAACAACCCUGGAAACAAGUUUCACAUCUACUAGCCCAGCAAGUGAACAAAGUACUACUUCAACUAGCUUAUCAACUGAACAAAGUACCACCAGCCAGGUGUCAGUGUCUGAAACUUCCUCUGAGCAGCCCUCAACAACAUCUUCCAGUAGCGCAGAAAGUACAGCUGCGUACACAACUACCACCAGCGAGACAAGCACUGAAUCUUUGACUGCAGAAACAACAACGCUGUCAGCAACACAACCUGAAACUUCUUCCGUUACAAGCUCAACGGAAACCACUGGCGAAACUUCGUCGACCACACAACAAAGUACACAAUUGCCAACAUCGCAGGAAACAACAACAUUGACUUCUACACUAACAAGUCAAGAGAGUACAAGUGUGGCCACAUCGGUCUCUACAGAAGGAACCUCUACUGAAACCUCUGCAAGUGCUGGUACAGAAAGUACUUCAACUGCUCCUGAAACAUCAUCACUGGCAGGCUCGUCGACAGAGACCACCACAGAAGCCACUACUUCUACGCAAUCUAUUUCAAGCUCUACCAUUUCGGAAGAAUCCACUACCACACAAUCAGGUGCACAGACGGACACAACAACCCUGGAAACAAGUUUCACAUCUUCUAGCCCAGCAAGUGAACAAAGUACUACUUCAACUAGCUUAUCAACUGAACAAAGUACCACCAGCCAGGUGUCAGUGUCUGAAACUUCCUCUGAGCAGCCCUCAACAACAUCUUCCAGUAGCGCAGAAAGUACAGCUGCGUACACCACUACCACGAGCGAGACAAGCACUGAAUCUUUGACUGCAGAAACAACAACGCCGUCAGCAACACAACCUGAAACUUCUUCCGUUACAAGCUCAACGGAAACCACUGGCGAAACUUCGUCGACCACACAACAAAAUACACAAUUGCCAACAUCGCAGGAAACAACAACAUUGACUUCUACACUCACAAGUCAAGAGAGUACAAGUGUGGCCACAUCGGUCUCUACAGAAGGAACCUCUAUUGAAACCUCUGCAAGUGCUGGUACAGAAAGUACUUCAACUGCUCCUGAAACAUCAUCACUGGCAGGCUCGUCGACAGAGACCACCACAGAAGCCACUACUUCUACUUCUACGCAAUCUAUUUCAAGCUCUACCAUUUCGGAAGAAUCCACUACCACACAAUCAGGUGCACAGACGGACACAACAACCCUGGAAACAAGUUUCACAUCUACUAGCCCAGCAAGUGAACAAAGUACUACUUCAACUAGCUUAUCAACUGAACAAAGUACCACCAGCCAGGUGUCAGUGUCUGAAACUUCCUCUGAGCAGCCCUCAAGAACAUCUUUCAGUAGCGCAGAAAGUACAGCUGCGUACACCACUACCACCAGCGAGACAAGCACUGAAUCUUUGACUGCAGAAACAACAACGCCGUCAGCAACACAACCUGAAACUUCUUCCGUUACAAGCUCAACGGAAACCACUGGCGAAACUUCGUCGACCACACAACAAGAUACACAAUUGCCAACAUCGCAGGAAACAACAACAUUGACUUCUACACUCACAAGUCAUGAGAGUACAAGUGUGGCCACUUCGGUCUCUACAGAAGGAACCUCUACUGAAACCUCUGCAAGUGCUGGUACAGAAAGUACUCCAACUGCUUCUGAAACAUCAUCACUGGCAGGCUCGUCGACAGAGACCACCACAGAAGCCACUAUUUCUACGCAAUCCAUUUUAAGCUCUACCAUUUCGGAAGAAUCCACUACCACACAAUCAGGUGCACAGACGGACACAACAACCCUGGAAACAAGUUUCACAUCUACUAGCCCAGCAAGUGAACAAAGUACUUCUUCAACUAGCUUAUCAACUGAACAAAGUACCACCAGCCAGGUGUCAGUGUCUGAAACUUCCUCUGAGCAGCCCUUAACAACAUCUUCCAGUAGCGCAGAAAGUACAGCUGCGUACACCACUACCACCAGCGAGACAAGCACUGAAUCUUUGACUGCAGAAACAACAACGCCGUCAGCAACACAACCUGAAACUUCUUCCGUUACAAGCUCAACGGAAACCACUGGCGAAACUUCGUCGACCACACAACAAAGUACACAAUUGCCAACAUCGCAGGAAACAACAACAUUGACUUCUACACUCACAAGUCAAGAGAGUACAAGUGUGGCCACAUCGGUCUCUACAGAAGGAACCUCUACUGAAACCUCUGCAAGUGCUGGUACAGAAAGUACUUCAACUGCCCCUGAAACAUCAUCACUGGCAGGCUCGUCGACAGAGACCACCACAGAAGCCACUACUUCUACGCAAUCUAUUUCAAGCUCUACCAUUUCGGAAGAAUCCGUUACCACACAAUCAGGUGCACAGACGGACACAUCAACCCUAGAAACAAGUUUCACAUCUACUAGCCCAGCAAGUGAACAAAGUACUACUUCAACUAGCUUAUCAACUGAACAAAGUACCACCAGCCAGGUGUCAGUGUCUGAAACUUCCUCUGAGCAGCCCUCAAGAACAUCUUCCAGUAGCGCAGAAAGUACAGCUGCGUACACAACUACCACCAGCGAGACAAGCACUGAAUCUUUGACUGCAGAAACAACAACGCCGUCAGCAACACAGCCUGAAACUUCUGCUGUUACAAGCUCAAUGGAAUCCACUGGCGAAACUUCGUCGACCACACAACAAAGUACACAAUUGCCAACAUUGCAGGAAACAACAACAUUGACUUCUACACUCACAAGUCAGGAGAGUACAAGUGUGGCCACAUUGGUCUCUACAGAAGGAACAUCUACUGAAACCUCUGCAAGUGCUGGUACAGAAAGUACUUCAACUGCUCCUGAAACAUCAUCACUGGCAGGCUCGUCGACAGAGACCACCACAGAAGCCACUACUUCUAUGCAAUCUAUUUCAAGCUCUACCAUUUCGGAAGAAUCCACUACCACACAAUCAGGUGCACAGACGGACACAACAACCCUGGAAACAAGUUUCACAUCUACUAGCCCAGCAAGUGAACAAAGUACUACUUCAACUAGCUUAUCAACUGAACAAAGUACCACCAGCCAGGUGUCAGUGUCUGAAACUUCCUCUGAGCAGCCCUCAACAACAUCUUUCAGUAGCGAAGAAAGUACAGCUGCGUACACCACUACCACUAGCGAGACAAGCACUGAAUCUUUGACUGCAGAAACAACAACGCCGUCAGCAACACAACCUGGAACUUCUUCCGUUACAAGCUCAACGGAAACCACUGGCGAAACUUCGUCGACCACACAACAAAGUACACAAUUGCCAACAUUGCAGGAAACAACAACAUUGACUUCUACACUCACAAGUCAGGAGAGUACAAGUGUGGCCACAUCGGUCUCUACAGAAGGAACCUCUACUGAAACCUCUGCAAGUGCUGGUACAGAAAGUACUUCAACUGCUCCUGAAACAUCAUCACUGGCAGGCUCGUCGACAGAGACCACCACAGAAGCCACUACUUCUACUUCUACGCAAUCCAUUUUAAGCUCUACCAUUUCGGAAGAAUCCACUACCACACAAUCAGGUGCACAGACGGACACAACAACCCUGGAAACAAGUUUCACAUCUACUAGCCUAGUAAGUGAACAAAGUACUACUUCAACUAGCUUAUCAACUGAACAAAGUACCACCAGCCAGGUGUCAGUGUCUGAAACUUCCUCUGAGCAGCCCUCAACAACAUCUUCCAGUAGCGCAGAAAGUACAGCUGCGUACACCACUACCACCAGCGAGACAAGCACUGAAUCUUUGACUGCAGAAACAACAACGCCGUCGGCAACACAACCUGAAACUUCUUCCGUUACAAGCUCAACGGAAACCACUGGCGAAACUUCGUCGACCACACAACAAAGUACACAAUUGCCAACAUCGCAGGAAACAACAACAUUGACUUCUACACUCACAAGUCAGGAGAGUACAAAUGUGGCCACAUCCGUCUCCAUAGAAGGAACCUCUACUGAAACCUCUGCAAGUGCUGGUACAGAAAGUACUUCAACUGCUCCUGAAACAUCAUCACUGGCAGGCUCGUCGACAGAGACCACCACAGAAGCCACUACUUCUACGCAAUCUAUUUCAAGCUCUACCAUUUCGGAAGAAUCCACUACCACACAAUCAGGUGCACAGACGGACACUACAACCCUAGAAACAAGUUUCACAUCUAUUAGCCCAGCAAGUGAACAAAGUACUACUUCAACUAGCUUAUCAACUGAACAAAGUACCACCAGCCAGGUGUCAGUGUCUGAAACUUCCUCUGAGCAGCCCUCAACAACAUCUUCCAGUAGCGCAGAAAGUACAGCUGCGUACACAACUACCACCAGCGAGACAAGCACUGAAUCUUUGACUGCAGAAACAACAACGCCGUCAGCAACACAACCUGAAACUUCUUCCGUUACAAGCUCAAUGGAAACCACUGGCGAAACUUCGUCGACCACACAACAAAGUACACAAUUGCCAACAUCGCAGGAAACAACAACAUUGACUUCUACACUCACAAGUCAGGAGAUUACAAGUAUGGCCACAUCCGUCUCCAUAGAAGGAACCUCUACUGAAACCUCUGCAAGUGCUGGUACAGAAAGUACUUCAACUGCCCCUGAAACAUCAUCACUGGCAGGCUCGUCGACAGAGACCACCACAGAAGCCACUACUUCUACGCAAUCUAUUUCAAGCUCUACCAUUUCGGAAGAAUCCGUUACCACACAAUCAGGUGCACAGACGGACACAUCAACCCUAGAAACAAGUUUCACAUCUACUAGCCCAGCAAGUGAACAAAGUACUACUUCAACUAGCUUAUCAACUGAACAAAGUACCACAAGCCAGGUGUCAGUGUCUGAAACUUCCUCUGAGCAGCCCUCAACAACAUCUUCCAGUAGCGCAGAAAGUACAGCUGCGUACACAACUACCACCAGCGAGACAAGCACUGAAUCUUUGACUGCAGAAACAACAACGCCGUCAGCAACACAACCUGAAACUUCUUCCGUAACAAGCUCAAUGGAAACCACUGGCGAAACUUCGUCGACCACACAACAAAGUACACAAUUGCCAACAUCGCAGGAAACAACAACAUUGACUUCUACACUCACAAGUCAGGAGAGUACAAGUGUGGCCACAUCGGUCUCUACAGAAGGAACCUCUACUGAAACCUCUGCAAGUGCUGGUACAGAAAGUACUUCAACUGCUCCUGAAACAUCAUCACUGGCAGGCUCGUCGACAGAGACCAACACAGAAGCCACUACUUCUAUGCAAUCUAUUUCAAGCUCUACCAUUUCGGAAGAAUCCACUACCACACAAUCAGGUGCACAGACGGACACAACAACCCUGGAAACAAGUUUCACAUCUACUAGCCCAGCAAGUGAACAAAGUACUACUUCAACUAGCGUAUCAACUGAACAAAGUACCACCAGCCAGGUGUCAGUGUCUGAAACUUCCUCUGAGCAGCCCUCAACAACAUCUUCCAGAAGCGCAGAAAGUACAGCUGCGUACACAACUACCACCAGCGAGACAAGCACUGAAUCUUUGACUGCAGAAACAACAACGCCGUCAGCACCACAGCCUGAGACUUCUUCCGUUAUUAGCUCAACGGAAACCACUGGCGAAACUUCGUCGACCACACAACAAAGUACACAAUUGCCAACAUCGCAGGAAACAACAACAUUGACUUCUACACUCACAAGUCAGGAGAGUACAAGUGUGACCACAUCGGUCUCUACUGAAGGAACCUCUACUGAAACCUCUGCAAGUGCUGGUACAGAAAGUACUUCAACUGCUCCUGAAACAUCAUCACUGGCAGGCUCGUCGACAGAGACCACCACAGUAUCCAACACCACAUCUACCUCAGUGACUACACCAACAGUAUCAGAAACCACAUCUACUUCAGUGGCUACACCAAUAGUAUCAGACACCACAUCCACUUUAGUGGCUACACCAAUAGUAUUAGACACCACAUCUACUUCAUUGGCUAUAUCAACAAUAUCGGACACCACAUCUACUUCAGUGGUUAUAUCAACAGCAUUAGACACCACAUCUACUACUUCAGUGACUACACCAACAGUAUCAGACACCACAUCUACUACUUCAGUGACUAAACCAACAGUAUCAGACACCACAUCCAAUUUAGUGGCUACAUCAACAGCAUCAGACACCACAUCUACUCCAGUGGCUACAUCAACAGUAUUAGACACCACAUCUACUACUUCAGUGACUACACCAACAGUAUCAGAUACCACAUCUACUACUUCAGUGACUACACCAACAGUAUCAAACACCACAUCCACUUUAGUGGCUACACCAACAGCAUCAGACACCACAUCUCCUUCAGUGUCUACAUCAACAGCAUCAGACACCACAUCUACUACUUCAGUGACUACACCAACAGUAUCAGACACCACAUCUACUUCAGUGGUUAUAUCAACAGCAUCAGACACCACAUCUACUUCAGUGGUUACACCAACAGUAUCAGAAACUACAUUUACUUCAGUGGCUACACCAACAGUAUUGGACACCACAUCUACUUCAGUGGCUACAGCAAUAGUAUCAGACACCACAUCUACUUCAGUGGCUACAUCAACAUUAUCGGACACCACAUCCACUUCAGUUACAACUGCAGGAAACAUGUCCUUGAUUUCAACAACAUUUUCGCCAUCAACAACUACGAGCGCCACUACUACUGAUAUCUAUAUGGAUCCCGAAGUUGUCACACUCUAUGUUGAGCUGAUAUUAAACGAACCAUGGAAUCCAGAAUUAGCAAAUAGUAGUUCGUCAACAUUUAAAGACAAAGCUAAAAUGGUUGAAACAGAGUUGGACAGAAUUCUUAGUAGCGGGAAUAAUGAAUCAACAUACUACAAUUCAAGCAAAGUCACAUCAUUCAGCAAUGGAAGUAUACAUGUGUUGAGUGAGGUAUACUAUUCAAAAUCACACAUACAUCUGACAGGAAGUGACGACAACUUAGUAACACGAGUGAAGUCAACUCUUCAAAAUGCACCAAAAACUCUACCCAUAAAAGUUGGUUCCACUUUGGUGUAUUUAACCAAGACCGAGAUACAGAAAACCGAUUCUUCUUCAUCCGCUGCCAUCAUCAUCGGCGUGGUCACAGCGAUAAGCCUGUUGUUCAUGAUUCUGUGUUCAAUUUGUCUUAUUUUAGCCUUUAAGAGAUUUCGGAGGAAACGAAAAGUGGCGCACAAGGAUCCUCUCAAAGAAGAUUCGGAAACGGGCAGCUACCACUCCUCAGAACUCUCCAUACAAGAUGAUGACGACGAAUAUCACAAUACCGAAUAUAAGUUCGAGAUUCCGUCUUUUGUGGCGGCAACCCGAAUGGUCCCACCAAGCACUCACAUGUGGACGCGAGAGGACACCCUUCCUCAUAUCAGAAAAGCAAGACUAGCAAAAGAAAAAGACAUGUUACCGACACCGGAUAACCUAGCCUACCUCAACGAGUUCUGUCACGAAGCAUCUGUUCCAGAAGAGAGACCACCGAGCUACGAUAAAAUAACGCCGCCAAUGGAAAAGCAACCGGAUGUUGCUUCACAAAAGUCCAGCAACCUAGCCGAUAGACCCUCAACGUCAGCACAAGCGGACGCACUUGACAAAGCGUCUCAAGGAGUGAGAUCCCCGAAAUCAAGUGGUGCUUCAUCUCGGGAUAGAUCAGUUUCCUCCGCAGACCUUUCUGAUGAAGAAACUGAAACUUCGCCAGAAUACAGUAAUAAUGCCACCUCAUCAAAAGGUAUGUCUGAGACUUCGGAAGGAACGUCAAAGGGCGCCUCUACCGAGACAAGCGGCGCCAAACCCGUAAAGAAGGGUCGUAAGAGACGCAGCAAAGGCAGGCCAUAUGUUCCUCUCAGCAAACGCCUGCCAAAGCCAGAAAAGCCUAAAAUCUACAAGUCAAACCAGCCUCUCAAAGUCAACAAGUCAAAGUUACAAGAAAAACUGAGCGAGAUUGCCAAGCAAAACGAGGACAAACUGUACAACCCACACGGAGAAGUGUGGCGGAGUCUGGUGACCAAAAUAUUCCCACAGGACCAGUCCAAGAACGAAUCGGACUGUUAGGGGUUCUGUGUAAUGUUACAAUGAUGUUGGGAGGCAUUAAGAAACUUUACGACUCAAUUUUUCAUUUUCUUCCAUGACAGAGUAAAUGAUUCUGUAACCUAUUUAUUUUCUGAUGAUUGUAUGGGCGAUACAUAUUUGUGAUAAUAUUGAAGAUACUAUAUUUUUACAUUUGUUUAAACAUUGAAUUUACAUAUUGUAAUAUAUUUUUAUGUAAUUUAUAUGUAUAAUAUUGUCAUUUUGGAUUGCAUUUUACAUUAUUUCAAUAAAUUUGCCUAUUUAAAGGUA